CUCAGGGAUCCGUCCCCCACCCUCCCCCACUCUGUGAACAUGAGGAGCCAGCAGGGCACUUGUCUGUCUGGAGAAGCCAUCAUGAGACGCUCAGCCAUCCUCCUCAUCGUGGCUCUCGCCACCCUCCUGGCUCCGGGGGCUGGGGCACCCGUGCAUGGGCAGGGCCCCCGGAACAGGCUACUCCUCGUGUCCUUUGACGGCUUCCGCUGGGACUAUGACCAGGACGUGCACACCCCCAACCUGGACGCCAUGGCGAGACAUGGGGUGAAAGCUCGCUACAUGACCCCAGCCUUCGUCACCCUGACCAGCCCCUGCCACUUCACCCUGGUCACUGGCUGGAAGUCCAAAAUCCAGUGUCAGAAAAACCAAGCUCUCUCUAGAGGUGCCAAGGGACCCUUUCUGCCUCUGCCAGCUUCUGGGGGCCCCAGGCGUUCCUUGCUUGUGGCCGCAUCCCUCCAAUGUCUGCCUCCCUCGUCGUGCGGCUGUCUCCCCGACGUGCGUCUCUCCUUUUCUUGCAAAUACAUCGAGAACCACGGAGUGGUCCACAACAUGUACUACAACACCAGCAGCAAAGUGAAGCUGCCCUACCACACCACGCUGGGCAUCCAGAGGUGGUGGGACAACGGCAGCGUGCCCAUCUGGAUCACGGCCCAGAGGCAGGGCUUAAAGACCGGCUCCUUCUUCUACCCCGGCGGGAACGUCACCUACCAAGGCAUGGCCGUGACGCUGAGCCGCAAGGAAGGCGUUCUGCACAACUACAAAGACGAGGAGGAGUGGAGGGCCAACAUUGACACGGUGAUGACGUGGUUCACAGAGGAGGGCCUGCACCUGGUCACACUCUACUUUGGGGAGCCGGACUCCACGGGCCACAAGUACGGCCCCGAGUCCCAGGAGAGGAAGGAGAUGGUGAUGCAGGUGGACAGGACCGUGGGCUACCUCCGGGACAGCAUCAGGGACAGUGGCCUCCAGCACAGCCUCAAUCUGAUCGUCACGUCCGACCACGGCAUGACCGCUGUCCGCAGGGCAGCUGACGACCUGGUGGAGCUCCACAAGUUCCCCAACUUCACCUUCAAGGACGUCGAGUUCGAGCUCCUAGACUACGGACCAAACGGGAUGCUGCUCCCCAAGGAAGGCGUGCUGGAGAAGGUGUACGAGGCCCUGAAGGAUGCCCACCCCAGACUCCACGUCUACAAGAAGGAGUCCUUCCCCAAGUCUCUCCGCUACGCCAAUAACCGCAGGGUCACCCCCCUGCUCAUGUACAGUGACCCCGGCUACGUCAUCCACGGGAGAGUGAAUGUGCAGUUCAACAACGGGGAGCACGGCUUCGACAACGAGGUCAUGGACAUGAAGACCAUCUUCCGGGCCGUGGGCCCCGACUUCAAGAGCGGCCUGGAGGUGGAGCCCUUCGAGAGCGUCCACGUGUACGAGCUCAUGUGCCAGCUGCUGGGCAUCGUGCCCGAGGCCAAUGACGGGCUCCUCAGCACCCUGCUGCCCACGCUGCGCUCAGGCCCACCUCUUCCAGGAAGCCUCCAGAAGCUGCCCACAAGGCCCUGAAGCCGCCUCUCACUGUGACGGUCUACUGGACGCUGAUGGGCCUCCUCUAUGGACCAUGCGCCGCGUGCCUGCCUCAGCGUCCCACAGCCCCGCCCAUGCUUGGUCGUUAUGGUGCCGGCAAUAGGCCCCUGCCCGGGUUUAGGUCUGCAAAAGCACAGGCCCGUUAAGGGGUCCACCACUCCCAGACCUAUCCACCCAGACUCCUUCCAUCCCCCACCGCCUCCCUCCCUCUGCAGAGCCCAUCCCACUAGCGGCUCUGCCAUCUGCAGCCACACCACAUAGGGGUGGGGGGUGGGGGGGACACACGCAGGGCAGGCGAGCUCCCAGCCUUGAGUCCAGACUGGGGGGAGUGGCCCCCACAGGGGCUGGCCAGCUCCCACUCCUGGGCCACCGUCACCGGAGGCAGAAAGCAUCAAUGGGAAUAAAGGACAAGCCCGGUGGUUACCGGUCACAAUA